UCACAUUUAAUACGCAAUAAUGUACGCUUAUCUUUCCCUGAAUAAUAUAUGGAUUAUCAAUAAUGAAAACAAAUAGAUUCAUUUUAAUAUAUAAUAAUGGCUGCAAUCGUGAAUUUUCGCAAUUUAACAUAUCAGUGAACGAGGAAAAAAACGAAAAACGCUCCUUAACAGUAUAUUAUAGAGGUACCCAGAGGGCGUAUUCCAAGAGAUCAGAUCGUCAUGUGUCGUAGAGAUAUUUUGAUGUUUACGUAUUUGAUAAGCGCUUUAGUCCAUAGUUGGGCAGCUCCUAAACCUUUUAGUUGCAUGAGUUUAAUGGAAGAUGACCGUACACUUAUGGAAGAGGAUGAAGACGAUUCAGAGGAGAAUGCAGCCAGUCAUCAGUUAGAUGUACCAGAUUUAACGAUUGCAGAUUUUGAAAGUGUUUCAAAUCGACAAUCCAUCCCAUUUGUCCCUCAUUUGCGCGUAUGUCCCACUGAUUACACUUUUUGCUUUUCUCUUUGGCGCCAAACAGAAAAUGGGUCCCAUAUCGAGAAGCAAGGAUGUUGGAAAGACAGUACUGAGGGCAAUGCCACUUGUAGUCACUCGGAAUGUGUGAGUUCUUCUCCGACUUCGCGCAAUACUUCCUUAUAUUAUUGUUGUUGUUCCGGUGAAGCUUGCAAUCGUAAUGUUGCUGUAGUUGAGUCUUCGCCUUUGCAGCUUUCCAAGCCUCAGUUUGCGGUUUCUAAAAAUUAUUAUGGCACACAUGACGUUCUUAACUGGUCAACUACAAACUUGUGGUUGGCUAUAAUGACAGCUUGUUUGAUUAUAACGACAGUUACAUUCUUUAUAUAUUGUCGAACGGCAAGAGAAAAGUCUGAGCCAGAAGAGGCACCCCUAGCACCGUCGGGACCUGGAUACAGUUCAAAUUUACGUAACGUGGACAAUUUAAAUUUAAUUUGUAUGCUAGGUAGUGGUAAAUAUGGAACAGUUAUGAAAGGUUUGCUACACGAUCAGGAAGUUGCUGUGAAAAUCUUUCCCGAAGCUCAUCACCAAUAUUUCAUUAACGAAAGGAAUAUUUAUUCUCUACCUCUAAUGGAAAGCCCCGCGUUGUUGGCUUAUUUUGGUUUUGAUGAACGGCAAACCCUGGAGGGCAGAAUGGAAUAUCAGCUGGUUCUAUCCCUAGCUCCGUUGGGCAACCUACAAGAUUGGCUAAUAGCUAACACAAUGAAUUUUGAAACUUUCUGCGGAAUGGUGAAAUCCAUUACGAGGGGAUUAUCGCAUCUACACACCGAGCUUAAGCGUGCAGAAGAUCAUAAACCAUGCAUAGCUCACAGAGAUCUUAAUACACGUAAUAUUUUGGUUAAAUCAGAUCGAACAUGUUGCAUUUCGGAUUUUGGUUUUGCUCUCAAAGUAUUUGGAUCUCGUUAUGAAUACAAAGGAGAAAUUGCAGAAGCAGAAACGAAAAGUAUUAACGAAGUGGGAACAUUAAGGUACAUGGCUCCAGAACUUCUUGAAGGCGCCGUAAACUUAAGAGAUUGCGAGGCAUCGCUGAAACAAAUGGACGUGUACGCAUUGGGGCUUGUGUUGUGGGAAGUAGCCACACGUUGCACGGAUUUCUAUCCGGUCGCUCAGAUAACUCCACCAUAUAAAGCACCAUAUGAGCUGGAAGUCGGGUCUCAUCCGUCGUUUGAUCAAAUGCAAUCAUUAGUCGUACGUCAUAAGGCUAGACCGCUUUUCCCUAACGGUUGGGGUGGUGGUUCAGCCGCUAAAUUGGUUAGAGACACAUGUGAAGAUUGCUGGGACCACGAUGCCGAGGCACGAUUAACUUCGUUGUGCGCAGAAGAGCGUAUGCAUGAGGUGCAAAAUAUGGGAUUGCGUUUAAGUCAUCAUUUAACAGCUACCACUCCUCUACUAAGUGCUAACAAUUUAUGCAAGGAAAUCGCAGAAUCCAGUGAAAGUCCGAAUCACAACGACCCGAUACCCCAUCAAGUUGAUAUUAAUUGCUCAGAUACAUCAACAUUAUUGAAUCCGCCACCUAACAAAAAAAUUCUUCCUUCGCACACAAUAGAAAUAGUGGACACUGAUCAAAGCACAAGUAACUCGAUAAUAAUUGAGAAAAACCACCUGAUACAAACUCAGUUACAGCUUCAACCCUAUCAGGGACGUAAUCCUUGCUUGGAAAGGAAUUUAGCUCCUGUGUCUGCGCGUUCGCCUCAACGGCUAAUACAACGUAGCAAAAAACAUAGUUUCCAAUCUCAGGCAGGCGAAGAGCAUAGUUUGUCUUGCUUGGAAGACGACGUGUCUGUUGAGGAACUUAUCACAGGUGGAAACUCUAAAAAGUUCCCUUCUCUAACUCGUGAAGAGACGUCAAAUAUGGGACAAGGUUUCCCUAAGCAACACAACACGGACAAAAAACUAAAGGGCUGGCAUGGAGUUAGAGCUUUAAUACAGAAAAGGCUUUUCCGUAAAUCAGAAGACUCAGGUGUACAGGUAUUUCGACAAAUUAACGGAGGUGAUGAAAAAUCAAGUUUGGUGGAUAAUCGUCAAGUAGCCGUAUUAAAAGGCCUGGAUAAGAAUGCAACUAUUCAUCCCGUAGUCAUAAGUUUUAUAGAUAACGAACAGACGACGCAUUGUGUUAAACCCGCUCAGUAUAAAACAUCGCUAGAAUGCAAUGGAAAUGGCAUAAUAAGACGACCCAAUAACCUUGACUUAAGCCCAUUAAGUGGAGGCCAUACUAUGAAACAAUCGUCUCCAUCGAAUAUGCCAAGCAAUCAAAUAUCUACGAUAACUGAAGAGGAAAAUGAUAAUAAUCAAGAUGGAGGUGAUCAACGAUUAAAAAAUUUAAAUGAGCGACGAUCUACGCCUUCACGUAUAAUUCCUCGUUCAAAUUCUUCAAAUUUAAAGCCAAUAGAGAACAUUUACAAUAAUAUGUACGAAAGUGGUGGAUUUGAGAUUCUGCGGCAUACAAAUAGUCUAAGAGAUGCUGCAGAAAGAAAUCAUUCUAUGUCUGAACCACAAUUCCGUAGGCAACGCAGUUUGGAAGUUUUCCGCGAAGUUUUUAAUGCACGUGCCAGUAGUGAACGGCUUAGAAAUCCAAGCCAGCGAGUGAAGACACCUGGAGACGUACCACCAUCAGUUCGAAAAGUUCGAGCGUCAAAAACUUUAAGUUUAUAUGAUGAUCGUAUGAUGGAUCCAACCUCGUUGAACAUACUUUAGCACGAGGAAGUUCUGUUACUGGAAUUGUAAACCAGUGAGCAGAACCUAAUAAAUAUGAAUACCCGUAGAGACAUUUAACAUAUAUCCGUAAAGCAUUACUGAAUACUUGUGCUUUCAUAAUCAUUCGUUCAUAUAUUUGCCAAGAGCACACACCACUACCAAAUUUCAUAUAAAUCAAGGGCAUUCGCACUUUCGACAUUUCUGGGCCGGAAGGGAAUUAGACGGGCUGUUAUUUAAUUAUUUCUAAUAACAUAUAACAAUAAAUCUAAUUAUUAGGUUGACUAUUGAUAUUUGCUUUAAGUUACACGUGGCCCGUCAACCGUAGCUUGAACAUCCUCGACACAAACAUUGCAAUCAUUUAAAUGUAUUUAUUGUGCGCAAUAAUGUUUAACACCAAAGCUUAUUCUUGCAUAAAGUCAGGAAAUAUGAGAUUGUGCUCCGUCGACAUUUUUCGACGACAUUAUACGUAAAUAUAAAAUAUGUCUACGACAAACAGUUAACUUAGCAACAAUUAGGGAAAUGUACGUAGAAGGAAAUAUUAUCUGGAUUGAAAAAAAACAAAAAAAAACAAACAAAUUUAGAAAUGAAAGUAAACGUUGAAGAACAAGCUUAGAGAUUGAAUUUAGAGAUAUAUGUAUAAAAAAGGUGUGUAAGACACAUAUUUAUAUAGGAAAACAUUACGAACAUAUAAAUCGAAAAUGUAUGUAUGUCUUUCCUUAGUUUGUUAAUUUAAUAAAUGUAUAUCAUAGUUAAGUAAAAAAGACUAAUGUGUCAUCUAGCCAUUUCUGAGAGAAAACUGCAACAAUUUGACGGUCUUAACCAACAGAUAGAUUAGCAUAGACCCCUUUAUUAUACAAUAAGAAAAAUAAUGACUUUGUAUGUCUUAUUAUUUGACCUCAGCUCGUUAUAAAUCGGGUAUCAAAGUUGAGCAAACAUUUUUUGUUUAA